UUUCACAUUUCUGACAAGUUGUCCUGGCAUGGGUAAGUGCUAGAAAUGUUUGUAAACGUGAAAAAAAACAUUUAUUGAAGAGCAGUUUCAUCAAGAUCUAUUCUAGGCAGGAUGGUUUUGAAAGAAACAAGCAAACCAUUUCCAAAGCUUUUCCGUAGAAAGCUGUCGCGUCUGCGCCGCAUCUCGGCGGUGCGUCAGGCGCAACGCAGUCUUUGUGGGUUUGUGUUGGGCUUGUUCCUUGCCUCAAUCUACGGCAUGACAGCACUGUACAUCCAAAACCACAACAUCUGGUUCUGCGUCAUCACUACCGGUAUCCUCGCCGCAUUGGUCGGGUUUGGAUCGGGACUCUCCGACAGCGUGCGAACCAACGUCACGCUGAUGCUGCCGAUGUUGUGCUCGAAGAAAGGUAAAAAUUUCAUUCUCUUCCUCAUCUGUACCUUGGUUAUUCAAGGCCCAGUGAGCAACACGAUGGAGAACAUUGAACGUGCCGCAGACAGUGUCAUCUGUGGUGCAGAAUUGGUCAAGAAUCAGACACAACAACUUCUUCAGAGGUCGCUCUACCCACUGCAGCCGGCCCUAAAUAAGAUCAAAGAGAUAGCAAGGAAUGCCUACUCGAUGGCAGGCCGAGCAGAAAACCUAAUCAUCACCUUGACGGAAUCUGUACGGCAUGUCGCUCGUACUCUGAGAAAUGUCCUGCACUUUUUGGCCAGUAUUGGUGACGUGUGUAAUGAUAAAGUUGGUAUGCCACAUAAGAAGUGCACUACGCUCUUUGAUGAUGCCCGUGAGGAGUGCAUGGAGUUGCUCACUGUGUUCUCGUUCCUCUGCUACCUCCUGGACGGAUUCAAGCCCCUCUGCGGUCUCGCACGUGUGGGAGAGCUGUUCUGCAUCUUGCCAUCAUAUAUUGCUAACCACAUGAAGACUUCUUUGGCUUUUCCCACCAUUGCCGCGUUUGAUCGAAUUAAGAAAGAGUUUGAGUUCAACAUUUCCACCUCCAUCCACUUCGACGUGCAGCUGAACAGCAGCCAGUCCAUGCAGGAGGCAGCUCAGGAGAUCAUGGAGGAGGUGUCUGAGGAGCUGGUCCUCCUGCGGGAGCUCAAGGUCCUACUGGCAUACCUGGGUUUCCUCCUGCUUCUCUACAUGUAUCUCCAGGCCGUUCUAUACAAGAAUCAGUACCUUCAUAAUGAUGAAUUUGACAACAUCUACAUAACACAGCAGUUUAUUGAAAUGGACAGGAAGUUCUCCAGACAGGGCAAAGAAGCAGUACUUCCUCUCAGCCACAGAGAAACUUGCACCUACAUCAGGCCCUGCUCUCUAUAUCUGACUGUAAGAGAGAGACAGGCUGUGAUUGGUCAGCUGUUCUCUUUGCUCAGGUAUAUGGCUAUGAGUGGAAUACUGAUAGCUGUGGACCUGCUGGUGUUUUGGGUGUUUGACCUGGUGCACCACCAAGCUCAGGGUGAGAUCGUGACCAAAGCUCCUGUAGUGUUUGCAGUGCAGGUAAAUGGGUCUGGAUACGCUUCUGAUAUCUUCAGGGACAUUGUUGCCUCAUUUGACAUCUUGCAGAGAGGAAACAUCACUGUGCUCAGCAAGAAAUGUCUUGUAAAGCCCUUUGAGCCAGACUUCAUGAGAUACAUGCUUAUCGGUCUUCUUUAUGGAGUCACUCUGUUUAUUGUGAUUGCUGGUGGCUUCGUCAAACGUUUACAGAGAUUUGUAUGUGGCAGAUACCAUCCCCAAAGAGAAAAAGAAAGGAUUCGGUACCUCCACAGGCACAUUAUCUCUCAGCGUCAGUCUUUCGGAAAAGCCCUUCUGAGAGCUGUAGCACGGAACAGGGUGGACCAGCAACACAAUGGCAUAAUACAAACUCUGGCCAAACGCCUGCCAGGAGGUGCCAUCAUAACCAGGUUUCUGAAUAUCAAUAAACAAUCUUGCAUGGCCUGUGGGAAAGUGUUGGAGAAGAUAGCUGGUGAAAAUGAAGCGCACAUCUGCUCUACCCCUCACUGCACAGGAUGUUACUGUUCGCUGUGUUUUCAGCUGAUGGGAAACAUUUGUGCCAUCUGUACGGGGUCCCUCGUGUUCCAGGAUUCAGAGCAGGAGCUAGACUCCAGUGAUGAAGAGGAUGUCAGUUUAUGUGAGGUUGUUACAACAUCACAGAUGAGGCAGGAGAGAGUCUGAGCUCAUGUACUAUAAAAAAGCUUUGUAUUGUUUACCUUUUAUCAAUCAUACAUUUUGGAGUUACAUAGAUGUCAAAUAAUAAAAAGUUAUGUAUUGUGCUUGUGCUUGUGUGUUUCAGUAAUCCCAGUCAGAACCCUUCCAUAUGGACCAGCAACCAACCCAGCCUUCUAAACACCAACUGUAAUAAUGCUUUAUGC